AUGGCAGCUAAUAAAGAGUUCAAGGUGUUGAUCAUUGGAGGCGGCAAUUGUGGACUGCUCAUCGCCACUGGUCUGAAGAAACAUGGCAUUAAUUACACGGUCUUCGAAAGAGACAACGAAUACGACUUCGUCCACAAACCUCGCGAUUGGGGCAUGUUGCUUCACUGGGGUACAGAGUACUUGUACAAGCCGUUACCAACCCAUCUUCAAGCUCGGUUCAAAGAGCCACGUGUGGAUCCUUCCGUUGAGGUGUUUGACCCGAUUCCGUAUUUUCAUGGUGCUUCGGGCGAGAUUCUGAAAAGAGUGACUACUAAAGAAAUCAAUCGAGUCUCGAGGAAGAAGCUUCGGAAGUUUUUGUCAGAGGGGGAGGAUUUGAAUCUUGAGUUCAACAAGAGAGUUCAAGGCGUCGAGGUCAAGGACGAUAUAGUCAAAGUGACGUUCGAAGAUGGCACGACCGCCACUGGAAACAUGCUCAUCGGCGCCGACGGUUCGAAUUCCAAGGUCCGCGAGUUCCUGGUCGGUCACGACGCAGCUCAAGAAGAAGAGAUCGGCCUCACCACGAUCAACUUCCCCUGGGGCGGCUACACCGACGAACAAGCACGUUUCCUGACAAGCCACCACCCCAUCGUCCAGCUGAGUUUCGCAGAGAACAUGGGCUCCGCCCUCCUCGCCGUCCUAGACACCCCGGAUUCAAAGGACUCCAAGGAGUGGAAGUUCCAGCACUACACGUCUUGGUGGGGACCGCCGUACGCGAAGGACUUGGAGGAUCCUGCUGUGAGGACGAAGUUUUUCAAGGAACGGAUGGCGAGGUGGUGUGAGCCUUUCCGGACGGCUGGCGUGGCUGUGAGCGAUGAUGCGGUGAUUCCUAUCUUUCCUGGACGGCAGUGGGCGCCGACGAUGGAAUGGGAUAAUUCUGGUGGGAAGGUGACUCUGGCUGGAGAUGCUGCACAUUCGAUGCUUCCGCAUCGUGGACAAGGGCUGAAUAAUGCCGUCAAGGACGCUUCAGAUCUGGUCGAUGCGAUCCAAGCUGCUGCAACCGGAUCCAAGUCCCUCAGCGAGGCUGUGACGGCAUAUGAGGCUGAGAUGAAGCCGCGUGGUGCCAAGGAGGUAGCUCUGUCGCUCGAGCAGGCGAAGUCGUCUCGGAACGUCGAGACGUGGAAGGAGAGUGCUAUGGCGAGGGUUGGACACAGUAGAGUGUAG